UCUUCCAGAAAGUGUUUUGUUUUCUUCUCAUGUGAAUUAAGGAAAUUAGAAGUUUUCCAAUCAAAUCGAAAAAUUACCUCGUUUUCCGUUGAUGAUUUUGACUGAAAGUAUGGUUUUUCAGUAAAACUCGAACCAGUGCCAUGGAUGGUAUGAUUGUUUUGGAUGACGAACUGCACCUUCUCGCUCAAAUACCGCAACAACACCAACAACAGCUGAUGAUGAACUACCAGGAACCGCCGUCGUCGUCUUCGUCGAGAAGUGUGUCCAAUAAUGGCCAACCGAUGCAGUAUGCUCGCCGUGGAAGAGGAACCAAACGUACCCGCAAUGGGACAAGGGUAUUACCUGCUGCGGAUAUGAUACCGCAGAUCGUUGAAGCCCCUGAGCCAUCAGCUGCCCUAGAGGAAGAUCCGGCUGAGUACGGAUCGUCAGUUAUUGUUGACGGACAGGACAUUUACUACAUUCAAGAAGUUCAGGAUGACAGCGAUCAAGCUGUGCUAGUGCCAGAUGACGAACCGGAGUUUCAAUAUUUGCAGCCAAAUACGAUAGUUUCUGGGUAUGUUGGGUCCGAUUCGGACGAAGCACCAGAACUGACCGAUGUCGAGCAACAACUAGCAGAAACGGAAGAAUAUUUUAGGGUGGAGCCAAUGGAGCUGUCCGAUAUUUGGAAUGAUUUAAUUACCGCCAAUCAGGAGAUUCUGAUUUUGCUGGAACUAUCAGAUCUGAAGCAUCACAUCGUCGACGCUAGAAGGAUCGAGGUGCAAAUCCGGGACAUGGCUUGUGAGUAUUGCGGUCGAAACUUUCCGGAUAUACAUGCGUGGAAUCGACACGUCAAGAAGAUACACUUCCAGACUGAGUUGUUUGACUGCGACAGUUGCGAUGGACAGUUCAAGCACUUUGCUCGAUUCAAAGAUCACUUAAACGGACACACUGGACAGCGGGUUUACCAGUGCGAUGAAUGCAACCAUCAGUAUGCCUUCCGGAUGGGAUUCCUGGUGCACAAAAUCCUCGAUCACAUGAAACUGAAUGGCAUCUACGUUUGUCCCAAGUGUGACCUGGACUGCCGUGAUGCACAGAACUAUAAACUGCACAUUGCGAGUCACAUCGAAUUCGGUCCUAGUCCUCAGCGCUCACCGGGUGUGACUGCUCGUCCAGUUACCACUACGGCAGCAGCAAGGCCCAGCAGUUAUGCGGUUCGGAAGAGUAAUCCGGUUGAGGCCAUGGCCGUCAAGCCACCGUUCUAUGUGAAGGAAAACGAACGGAACAAAUUUCUCAACGUUUACGAGAGCUUCUCCAAAAAUCGUAAAGUGGAGCAUAGCCUUCCGAUAGCGAACAUCAAAAGAAAAAAACACCAAUAAUCAAUUCGGGUAAGCUUAAGGUUCAUUUCGAGGAUUUCCCCUCACAAUCACUUGUUCAACAAACUAACUAUUCAUUUCGUUGCAUCGCUACAAGUUCUCUUUUUUGUGAGGAUCAUUUAGGUUUUAUUUCGUGAAGUAUAUCAAUUAAGCAGUACGAAUUUGAAAUAUUUUAAAUGUUCAAUUCCACAGUAACUGUUGAGAUCAAU